GUCUGGCGCUGACGUCACGACCCGUCUGGCUGCCUGGGGUUGGGGAGAGGGAGAGAGAGUGAGCGCAGCUCCUUGGAAGGAAGCGAGGCAGUGAGACAAAGUGAUCGCUCCUGUCCUGCCCGGGACUCAUCCACUCCUUGCCUGGCACUGAUCGUCUCCUGAUCCUGCCUGGCACUCACAAACUACUCUACUGCUGCCCCAGCCUGGCACUUAGAGACUGCUCUGCUCCUGGCACUUAGAGACUGCACUUUUACUGCAGCAGCCUGACACUCAGAGACUGCUCCAAACUGCCACUGACUGGCUCCUGUGCUGCCCAAGCCUGACACUCACUUCCUAGUGCCCCUGCCUGGCACUGACUCCUCCUCUCCUGCCUCAGCCUGGCACACAGAGACUGCUCUUCUACUGCCCCUGCCUGCUAUUAAGUGACUGCAUCUCUUCUGCUCCAGGUCCAGUUAAAGAGACUUCUCUCCUACCCCAGCUCUCAGCACAGUUUGUAACAAAGUGACUGCUCUGUUGCCCCCAGACUGCGCCAAACUCACUUUAACUCCAGUGUUCCUGCUCUUCUCCUGCUCCAGCCUUGGCCAAAAGCAACUGCUCUCCCAGCCGAGCAAGAAAGAAGAUCCCCCCUCUGCACUCCCCCUGCCAUGUCUGUGCCCCCUCCCCAUGUAGUAACAGACAGAGCCAGAGUGACAGUGUGAGGCACUUUCUGGAAGAGACUUGCCAGUACUUCAAUGCAUAACUUGAUGGGUCUGAACAGCACCAGCGAAUCCAUCCAUUCCAAUGUGUCCUGCACAUGUAACUGCAAGAGGUCUCUGUUCCAGACUAUGGAGAUCUCGGAGCUGGAGUUCGUCCAGAUAAUCAUUAUCGUGGUGGUGAUGAUGGUGAUGGUUGUGGUUAUCACUUGUCUCCUAAACCACUACAAGCUCUCGGCUCGAUCCUUCAUCAACCGGCACAGCCAGGGGAGACGGCGAGAGGAGAACCUUUCCUCGGAAGGAAAUCUUUGGCCGUCAGAAAGCACAGUGUCAGGAAAUGGAAUCAUAGAGCACAUUUACACCCCUCGGCCAUCGGACAGGCUCAGUGUUCCAUCUUUCCUGCAGAGAGAUCGUUUCAAUCGAUUCCAGCCUACGUACCCCUACAUUCAGAAUGAGAUAGACCUUCCACCCACUAUCUCCUUAUCAGAUGGCGAGGAGCCACCACCUUACCAAGGACCUUGUACCCUGCAACUCCGGGACCCUGAACAACAGAUGGAACUUAACCGAGAAUCUGUUCGGGCCCCGCCAAACAGAACCAUUUUUGAUAGUGACUUAAUAGACAGCUCUGUGUACGGGGGUCCCUGCCCUCCAAGCAGCAACUCUGGUGUCAGUGCCACCUCCUACAGCAGCAACGGGAGAAUGGAAGGACCCCCUCCAACCUAUAACGAAGUCAUAGGUCACUAUCCCAGAUCUUCAUUUUACCAUUGCCAGCAGCCGAACCUCGCCACGCCAUCCAUAUUGGAAAGCAACAGACUUCAACCGGGGAAUCAUGGCCUUGACAGCACAAUUACAAGGAGCAAAGAUAAAGACAGGCAAAAAGGGCAACCGUUUUAGAGUUUAAAAAAAAAAGGAGCGAACAAAAAGAAAUUUCAAAAAGACAAUUAACACUCUGCACUUCUAACUGGUCCGUCCGGUUGUCGGAGAAUCCUGCAACGUCAAUGAAGUUGAUCGCCUUUCUCAGCGACGGACGGGACCAUGAAAUCUAGAAGAGGAAAAUCUUAAAGGGAGGAGUUUAAUUUUAAAAAAUUAAAAAAAAAAAAAAAAAAAAA